AUGCGUUCCAGCAAGCUUCUUCUCCUCGCCGGUCUGGCGAACUAUGUCCUCGCUCUUCCCACCAAGGACACCAAGGAUCUAGACCCCCGCACUCUUGGUCUCGCCGUUGAGAUCCUGUCCGAAUUCGGCAAGGACCUGACGACCAUCGUUGAAGAUAUCCUCGGCGGUGGAAAAAGCUCAACAUCCGUCCUUGCUGGUAUCAGUGCCCGGGCUGCCGCUGCCCUCAACGGAGGUGCCUUGGGUUGCAAGGCCGGUGCGAUUGAUGCCGACAUCCGUGCCGAAUUGGCCGCCUGGAUCCGCGCUCAUGCUGGAUUCGAGGCUUCUCUGAAGACCGAGCUCCUCGCCUGGUGUGAGGGUGAGGCUUCAGCAACUCUCUCGACCGAAGUGUGCGCCGGGCUGUCCUUGUUCGUUCCUACUUGCGCCAAGACGGCUGCCGCCGGUGACCUUUACGUGACCAUUGACGGUAUCUUUGAUGUCACCACCCUUGAGGCCGGCGUGGUUCUCAGCUCUUCCUUCCAGUCUUCGCUGUCCGCGUUCAUCUCCGGCUCCGUCGGUCUUGAGCUGGAUGCCAACCUCCGCGCUGGUCUUUCUCUUUGCGCGGGUGGUGGUGUUCAUGCUGAUCUCCACGCCGAUCUCGCCGCCGCCUUGAAGGUCUGGCUCAAUGGCUCGUCUUGCUCCCUGAGUGCCGAGCUCAAGGUUGCCAUCCUGGCCUGGUUGGAGGGCAAGAUUGAGACUGGUGUCGUUGCCAUCGGUUCCAUUCCCACUGGCGGUGUUACUGCCGUCUCUGUUGGUGCUUCCAUCAGCGCCUGGAUUGAAGGCGAGGGUGCUCUUACCGCGACUGCCCAAGCUUACAUCUCUGCCUUCCUUGAGUCCAGUGUUUCUGCUGACAUUGAGGCCGAUGUUCAGGCCGUCCUCGAGGCCUGUAUUGCCGGCAAGCUCGCCACCUCCGUUUCCGCCGAUGCCCGUGCGGCCUUGGCCGUCUGGUUGUCCGGUUCCAGCUGCAGCCUGGGAGCCGAACUCAAGGCCGCUCUCUACCUCUGGCUCUCUUUCUCUGUCACUGAAGUCAGCAUUGACAUCUCCACCAGCCUCAUCACUGAGCUCGAGGCCUUCCUUACCGGCACUAUUGAGGCAUCCCUCGGAUCCAGCCUUCGUGGUACCCUCUGGCUCCUCCUUUCCGGCGAGAGCAUCGUCUAUCUUUCCGUUGAGGCCCGUGCCGAGUUGGCCGCCGUCCUUGGUGGUGCUGUUGACAUCGAGAUCAGCAGCAGCUUCAACCUCCUCAUCAUCGAAUGGCUCACCGGCUGCAGCAUUCCGGGUGCCCCCACCAUCACCCCCGGCUCCGGUUCGACCACG